AUGGCUCCUGCCACUCCGGUGAACGCACAACGGGGUCCACCCCCCGUGCUGCCCGCCGAUCGAGAUGUGCCGACUUUCGACAGGUGUAAGCCCUUCAAGUUCUCCAUGCGGUCCAUAUCGAUGCUUCCCAAAAUCCAUGACAAUCUCUCCACAGAGUCUGCCGUCCUCCUGCUCUUCACUCUUGGGAAGUACAUCAAGAGCCACCCUGAACUCAACGACGAAAACGCUGACACCACUAUCUCCCUCAACAUCCAAUCCAUCGUCCUUCUCGCCAAUCCGGGAUCGAUGCCCCGCGGCUUCCUCGAGGACGAGCCCAUGCCCCUCCUCGGAGUCUUCCGACCGAAUUCCGAGCCUGACCAACGCCACUCGGAUGACAGCGACGACGACGAUGCCUCGCUCGUCUAG